UUAUAGCUGAAUUAGUGUCUAUUGUGAUCAAAAUAGAUACAUAUUUGAAGUUUGGCGAAAGCGAGAAGAAAAAUGUGAUCUAAAUGCAGCGAUAAAAGAUAGACUUCUGAAAUCUAAAGAUCUCUCAGAUGCGAACUUGUUUUUGUUAUUAUAUAACCCCUUCAGAAAUAUUUUCCGUUUAACAAAUAAAAUCAAAUUCGUGUUUACAGAACGUCCACUCUGCAUUACAAAUUUUUCUAUCUCGUGACCGCAAUGCUGCGAUGUGUUCUCAGAGAAGCGCGCGGGUAUUUGCUCAGGUAUUUAAUCACAAAGACACUUAAUUUGUUAAAUUAUAUUUCCAGGCUUUGCGUUAUGUUAUUUUUCUAAGUGAAAACGAUCUGUUCCGUCAGUUUUCGACAUUUUAAUGGAAGAAGGAAGCACGAUUCGAAGAAAGAUCAAGCACCGUUCGGUGAUGUUGCGUGUGAAACGGAAUAUUAUUACAAGCAGGUGAUGCAUACAUUUUCACAAAACGUCAUUUUAGUCAAACGGUAGCCGCAACGUAUAAGGCGUUACGGAUAAUCAGGAUAAGAAAAUGCUGCAAGUUCUUAAGGAGAAGACGCAGGAUGAGGUGAAGCACAUGCAGAGAGAAGUGCAAAUCAUGCAGAAGAAGAUCGAGGAAUACAAUCGUGGUAUAAGCGAGAAUAUGAGAUUUCUGAAGAAUCUGGAGAAAGAUUUAUCCACCAGCAAAAAGAAAGCUUAAGCGGUCACGUUCCAGCAUUCGUCUCAUCUUCGUUUACAAAUUAUCGGGAUAUGUGAUAUUAAUUCGAAAUAAAUAAUUCAAAAUUCUUUGCUACAUUUUUGAUGAGCUUUAAUCAUAUCAAUAUGAUCUCAUGUAGAUGUUUAAACUUUACAAACUUUCUUCAUAUUGUGCAAUAAUACCAAUUGAUUAACAUUUAUAUUAACAGAUAUUACACCUCGAAUUUUGAUGUGAAUCGUGUCACUUAAGUGUAAUAAAAUAUUAAUAUCAUCA